AAUACAAUUUUGGGUACCUUCAAAAUUAUUUGUAAACAAAAUUUUAAAUUUACUAAUGCGGGAGAUCAUCACAAUACAGGUUGGCGCUUGCGGAAGUGCUAUUGGCGACGCCUUUUGGCAUGUUAUUUCACAUGAGCACGGAGUUGACUAUUCCAAUGGAAGCUUCAAGGGCACCAAUCCAUUACAAUUAGAACGGAUAAAUGUGUUCUUCAACGCAACCGCCACAAAACGUUUUUAUGCCCGCACUAUAGCCGUCGACAGCGAUCCUAACUCUAUCCUUACAUUAAAAUCGAAGAGUGCACUUUAUAGGCCAGAAAAUUUUGUGUUUGGUCCUGAAAGCACUGGUAAUAAUUUUGCAAGAGGUUAUCACAAAGAUGGCAAUGUUAUACUGGGCGAUGCACUUAACAAUAUAAGAAGGGAAGCUGAAUCUGUAGAAUCUCUACAAGGUUUUCAAAUAUUGCAUUCGAUUGGUGGCGGUACAGGUUCUGGUUUCACUUCACUUUUAAUGAACUCAAUGGUGGAAGAAUAUACUGAUAACUUGAUAUCUAACUACGUUGUAAUACCGUCAAAAAAUACAUCCCAAACUGUUGUGGAACCAUAUAACGCCUUACUAAGCAUACCCUCUUUAGUGAAUAACUCACAUUUGACCUUUUGCUUGGAUAAUGAAGCGCUAUUUAAUAUUUGCAAACGAAAUCUUAAAAUUGAACUAUCCGGAUAUGAGCACAUCAAUCAUAUAGUUGCCUUAACAAUGUCUGGUAUUACAACUUGUCUACGUUUUCCUGGACAACUAAAUGCUGGUUUACGAAAAAUCUAUGUUAACAUGGUACCAUUUCCUCGUUUACAUUUUCUAAUUCCAGGUUUCGCACCGUUAGCUACCUGUCAAGAACGAAAAUUUGCACAAGGAACAGUUGCUGAAUUAGUACAACAAAUAUUCUCUUCUAAUAAUCUAAUGUGUGAAAUAGAUUUGCGAGAGGGCAAACUUUUAACUGCAGCUGGAAUAUUUCGCGGACGUCUAUCUCCACGUGAAGUUGAUCAGUUAAUGACAAAUGUCCGAAACAAGAAUAUUGGAAAUUUCGUAGAUUGGAUACCAAAUAAUAUAAAGACCGCUAUUUGUGAUAUACCGCCGCGCGGGUUGAAGAUGUCAGCCACAUUUAUUGGAAACACCACAGCUAUUAAUAAACUUUGUGCACGAAUAAUGGAUACCAGUACAAUUAUGUUAAAGCGGAAAGCACAUUUACAUUGGUUUAUCUCAGAAGGAAUGGAAGAAGAGGAAUUUUAUGCUGCGCAAGAAGAAUUGCAAGCAAUAAUGAAUGAUUAUAAAGAAAGUGGGGAACCACUUGCAGACGAAAUGGCAAAUCCAUGUGCAUAUUGUGUCGAAGAGGAAUAGUAUAGUGAUAUAAAAAAAUAAACUGUUCUGUAUAUCAUGUGAUGUAGAUGUCGACAUGAAAUAAAUGUAUGAGUCGCAAAAAUAGAAAAUUUCCAGAGCAAUUGAAAAGCAUAAUCACAGCUACUAAAAUUCUAUAAAACAACCCGCUUCAUUUUUCUAAAUU